AUGUCUUCGUCCACACAGGUCCAGGUUGUGGACGGCGUGGCACUCAAUCAAAUAUUCAAUGGGCUUAAGCUGGUCAAAGAAGAAGAACGCACGAGAAGUGCUCUAGAACUACGCAGUUUCCUUGCCUCUAUAGCCAGAGAUCUUACAGGAGAACAGUUCAACAGAUACAACAAUGAAAUCAACAAAACCAUUUUCGACCUACUACAAAGCAAAGACGCUGCUCAAAUUCUAGGCGGAAUUGCGGCGCUCAAUGCGUUGAUAGACUUUGAUAGCGGUGUGGGUGAAGAAAACGCUACCAAGACUGCUCGUUUUCUGAAUUACCUUAGUUCGUUCAUCCUUUCCAAUGAUCUCAAAAUCAUGAAGGAGGCCACAAAAACGUUGGGUAAGUUGGCGACUCCGGGUGGUACAUUGACAGGAGACUUUGUUGAUUUCGAGGCCAAGAGAGCUAUCGAAUGGCUUCAAAGCGACAACCGCCAACACGAAAAUAGACGGCAUGCUGCUAUAUUGAUUCUCACAGCAUUAUCCGAGAAUGCCCCACUACUACUCCAGGGCUACAUCACCCAGGUUCUCGAACACAUUUGGGUACCUCUUCGAGACCACAAGCUUAUCAUACGUAAUGACGCGGCUAUUACACUCCAACGAUGCAUUUCAAUCAUUUACUCGAGAGAAGUCGAAGUUAGAAGACGUUGGGUCCAUCUUUUAAUUGACCAGGCGUCAUCUAUUUUGGGCCGCUCUGAUGCAAUGGAGAAAUCCAACUCACACGAUAGCAAUGGACUUGCAGCGGGUUACAGCUUGAUUACAACGGCACUGUCACCAUCCAACGAGACGAUUCAUGGAGCCUUGCUUGUGUACAGAGAGUUACUCAGAUAUCAUAAUGAUCCAUAUAUCAAGUCUAUGUUUGGGACAAUCUACGAGAAUGUCUCACUUUACAAGGGACACAAGGUAUCCUACAUCAGGCAAGAGCUCACGAAAAUUUAUCCCAUUUUAUGCCGUGUGAACCCCGAGUUAUUCGUCGAGAAAUAUUUGCACCGCACAUUGUAUUACUACCUCACCCAACUCAAAAAGUACAAAAAUAUGCAUAAUGAGGCUAGCAACCGUGACAAAUCUGCCAUUUUGGAAAGCAUUGGUUUACUAGCAUUGGAGGUUGGGAACCAGAUGGCUACUUACUUGGAUGCUAUCUUGGACAAUAUUAGAGAUGGUCUCUCCUAUCCUGCAAACUCUGGCGUUCAGCUGAUUUUGUCAGAAGCUGUCAGUAAGGGUGAAACCUCCGGAGCAGCGCUCUCAUCCGUUUCUGCAUCAACUUCAGGAUCAGCAAAGUAUCGGGCCUCCAGGAAAGACACCGAACCCGCUAUCUUCGAUUGUAUUGGCAAAUUGUCAAUCGCAGUUGGCCCAGCACUCACAAAACACUUACAACGUGACAUCUUGGAUAUGAUGUUCAGCAACUGUUCUUUAUCAGGACACAUGGAAAAUGUCUUACAGACGCUUAUCACAAACAUUCCUUCGCUUAGAGUCACGGUGGAAAAGAAGCUUCUCAACCUUUUAAGUUUGGUGCUUUCUGGCUCGCCUUACGGCUCCACCAAGAUAAACGAAUCGUUGGCUCGUGAUUUCAGAUUGAUAAUGAUAUCCAGGGACACAGGUAUGAGCGUUAGCAAUAUUCUCAACAACCCUGAGACUUGCCGUGCUCAUGACAGCGAGCUUGUUGUUCAUGCAUUGAAGAUUCUCUCACACUUUGAAUUUCAAGAUUAUCAAUUGAACGAGUUCGUCAGGUAUUGCAUCAUCACCUACCUUGAUAGUGAUAGCGCGAAGAUUCGUCAAACAGCUACCUCUACAUCGUGCAAGAUCUUCAAUAAGGAUCCAAUAUGUCAUCAGAUGAGUGUGAAUGCUCUUGACGCUGUGAAUGAGAUCGUCGAAAAGUUAUUGUGUGUGUCCAUUACGGAUCCGGUAGCUGAAAUAAGAAUUGAGGGAUUGACUUGUCUUGACAAGGCAGGAAAUUUCGAUCCCCAGUUAUCUCAAGCAUACAACGUGAAACAACUCUUUGUCGCUCUCAACGAUGAAGUCUUCAGCGUUCGGAAAGUUGCGGUCAAAAUAUUGGGAAGGCUCUCGGCCAUCAACCCUGCUUACAUCGUUCCCUCCCUCAGAAAAACCUUGAUUCAACUCUUAUCAAGAUUGGAUUAUGCCAAUACGAGUCGAAAGAAGGAAGAAGCUGCUACUCUUUUGUCAGUGUUGAUUGUUCAUUCAAAGGAGCUUACAAAACCGUACAUCAAACCAAUUGUUGAAGCUUUACUUCCACGCACAAAAGACCCCAGCUCAUCUGUUGCUGCAGCUGCUAUAAGUUGCAUUGGCGAGGCUUCUGUGGUAGCUGGAGAAGAUAUAAAACCAUUCCUCUCCGAGCUCAUGCCGCUUAUAUUGGAUACUUUCCAGGAUCAAAGCUCAUCAUACAAGCGUGACGCUGCGCUCAAAGCUCUUGGUCAAUUAGCAAGCUCAUCUGGGUAUGUGAUUCAACCUUUACUAGACUAUCCACAAUUGUUGGGAACCCUUGUCAGCAUUCUCAAAUCGGAGACGUCACCUCGUAUCAGGAGAGAAACGGUUCGUCUCCUCGGUAUAUUGGGUGCGCUAGAUCCAUACAAGCAUAGAGAGGUCGAACAGACUUCCCAAAAGAUUCCUGUUGAACAGAACGCCCCGCCUGUUGAUAUCGCUCUUUUAAUGCAAGGCAUGUCUCCAUCGCAUGAUGAAUACUACCCUACCGUGGCUAUCAAUAACCUCAUGAAGAUCUUGAAAGAUCCAUCCUUGAGUUCACAUCACAAUAAGGUGAUACAGGCAAUCAUGUACAUCUUUCAGACUUUGGGUUUGCGGUGUGUUUCAUUCCUUCCACAAAUCAUUCCUGGUGUUAUCAAGGUGAUGCAUACAUGUCAAGCUAGCAUGCUCAAGUUUUAUUUCCAGCAAUUGGGUGCUCUCAUUCUUAUUGUCAAGCAGCAUAUUCGACCAUUCUUGGGUGAUAUUUUCGCCGUAAUCAAGGAGUUCUUCAACAGCAUCACAAAUGUUAAUAUUCGAGUCAUUAUCAUUCAUUUGAUCGAAUCGAUCUCGAAAGCAUUGGAGGGAGAGUUCAAGAUUCAUCUCCCAGACAUUCUUCCUCUCAUGUUGAACUUGAUCGAGGAAGAUAAAUCUACUGAGCGAGAGCCCACGAUUCACGUCUUGAGAAGCUUCGUUGUCUUCGGUAGCAAUAUCGAAGAGCAUGUUCACAUUGUUGUUCCAACGAUCGUGAAGAUGUUUGAGGUUGGUCCUACGAAUUUGCGUAAGGCUGCCAUCGAGACAAUUGGCAAAUUAUCCAAGAACAUCACUCUUUCAGACAUGGCAUCAAGAAUCGUUCAUCCGCUUUUGCGAGUCCUUGGUGAGGGCAAUGAGGAGCUUUCUCAGGCUUGUAUGAACACGCUUUGCUGUCUAAUCCUUAGCUUGGGCAAUGAAUUCAUUGUGUUUUUCCCCGUCAUAGAAAAAGUCUUGAUACUGAAAAAGAUCAACUCGGUAAUGUUCGAGCAGCUAGUGGCAAAGAUAUUGAACGGCGACCCACUUCCUACCAAUUUCAAUGUGUACAAGGACCACGACUUGCACAUGUCUCACUUUGACCUACCAGAUAUCGAUAUGCCCUCCAAAAAGCUUCCUGUAAAUCAGGCUGCUUUGAAAGCGGCUUGGGAAUCAUCUCAACGAAACAAUACCAAGGAAGAUUGGCAGGAAUGGAUUGGAAGAUUGAGUAAGGAAUUACUUAAGCAAAGUCCCUCUCAUGCCAUCCGUGCAUGCGCUGGUUUAGCAUCUGAUUAUCAUCCAUUGGCCAAAGACUUAUUCAAUUCUAGUUUUGCAUCAUGCUGGAGUGAACUUUAUUCCCAGCAUCAGGAAGAGCUCAUUGAGUCGUUCUGCAUUGCUUUGUCUUCUCCUAACAACCCCCCAGAAAUUCAUCAGAUCCUUCUUAAUUUGGCAGAGUUCAUGGAGCACGAUGACAAAUCUUUACCUAUCGCCAUUACCGCUCUCGGCCAGUACGCCCAAAGAUGUCACGCAUACGCCAAGGCUUUGCAUUACAAGGAGCUCGAGUUUUAUGAAGAGCCAACUACACCAACUAUCGAGGCAUUGAUCUCGAUCAACAAUCAGCUCCAACAAUCAGAUGCUGCUGUUGGUAUUUUGAAACAUGCACAAAUGCACCACGACCUUCAGUUGAAGGAGACUUGGCACGAGAAGUUGCAACGCUGGGAUGACGCAUUAAGAGCUUACAAUGAGAGAGAGAAACUUGAACCAGACAACAUGGAGAUUGUUAUGGGUAAGAUGAGAUGUUUGCAUGCAUUGGGAGAAUGGGAUCAGCUCUCCGAAUUGGCGCGUUCGAAGUGGAACUCUUCCACAGGCGACAUCAAGAGAAACGUUGCACCAUUAGCCGCUGCAGCAGCUUGGGGCUUGGGUCAAUGGGACAGAAUGGAUGCUUAUAUCAAGGUCAUGAAGUACGAAUCACCGGAUAAGGCUUUCUUCAGCGCUAUUUUGAGUCUUCAUCGCAAUAACUUUGAGGAGGCAUCCAACCAUAUCCUCAAUGCCCGUAAUUUAUUGGUUACCGAGAUCACCGCAUUGGUGAGUGAGAGUUACAAUAGAGCAUAUGGUGUUGUUGUCAGAGUUCAGAUGUUGGCCGAACUCGAAGAGAUUAUCAGGUACAAGUGCUUGCCUCAGGGAUCCGAAAAGCGUGCUCUCAUCAGAAAAACUUGGAACACUCGUCUCUUGGGCUGCCAAAGAAAUGUUGAUAUCUGGCAGAGAAUGCUUAAAGUCAGAGCGCUUGUCAUCAAGCCAAAGCAAGACAUGGAUAUGUGGAUCAAAUUCGCUAACCUUUGUCGUAAGUCGGGCCGUUUCAAUCUUGCAGAGCAGUCAUUGAACAAUCUUUUGGAAGGAGGCUCCAGUGAGAACCCUUCAAGAGCGCCACCUCAAGUUGUUUACGCGCAAUUGAAGUAUAUGUGGGCGAAGGGUCAAAGAAGGGAGGCAUUGCGUCACUUGGUGGAUUUCACCACUCGUAUGUCCCAGGAUCUUGGUUUAAAUCCAAACGAUUUGAUCACUCAGCCAAUUCCUUCUGAUGGCCCUGGUAUCCCAAAGCACGUCGAGGAGUACACCAGACUUUUAGCAAGAUGUUUCUUGAAGCAAGGUGAAUGGCAGAUUGUUCUCAAUAAUAACUGGAGAACUGAAACAUCUGAGAUUAUUUUGGGUGCUUAUCUUUUGGCCACUCACUUCGAUGAUAAGUGGUACAAGGCAUGGCACAACUGGGCUCUCGCCAAUUUUGAAGUUAUCUCACUUUACACUCAGAACAACAGAGGUAACCUCACGACAAAUGUGAUGGAGCAGAACGAUACGGUUGAAAAACAGGCCCAACAGCUGCAAAUGAUAUCGAUGGAGGUUGUACAGAGACAUGUCAUUCCAUCCAUUAAGGGUUUCUUCCACUCUAUCUCUUUGUCGAACUCGAGUUCUCUUCAGGAUACAUUGAGAUUGCUCACGUUGUGGUUCAAGUUUGGAGGAAUCCCCGAAACUGCCAGAGCUAUGACAGAUGGAUUUAACAUGGUGAAGAUCGAUAACUGGUUGGAGGUGAUUCCUCAAUUGAUUUCGAGAAUUCAUCAACCAAACCAAAUUGUCAGCAGAUCGCUCUUGGGUCUUCUCACCGACCUUGGUAAGGCUCAUCCACAAGCCUUGGUGUAUCCAUUGGCUGUUGCUGUGACAUCUGACUCCGUUAACAGAAAGAAGGCCGCUUUGUCGAUCAUUGAUAAAAUGAGAAUCCAUUCUCCAACUUUGGUUGAACAAUCCGAGUUGGUCAGUCACGAGUUGAUUAGAGUCGCUGUUUUGUGGCUUGAGCAAUGGUAUGAAGGUUUGGAGGAUGCCUCGAGGUUGUUCUUCGGCGAGCAUAACACAGAGAAGAUGUUCGAAGUCCUUGAGCCAUUACACAAGAUGCUUCAGAAGGGCCCUGAGACUAUGAGAGAAGCGUCAUUCAACAACGCAUUUGGAAGAGAAUUGGCCGAUGCUUACGAAUGGGUUCUCAACUACCGCCGUACAAAGGAUAUCACGAAUUUGAAUCAGGCUUGGGAUGUUUACUACAAUGUCUUCCGUCGUAUAAGCAGACAAUUACCACAAUUACAGAGUCUCGAAUUGCUGUUUGUUUCGCCUAAGCUUGAGGAAGCUCAGAACCUCGAAUUGGCUUUGCCUGGAACUUAUGAGGCUGGAAAACCAAUCGUCCUCAUUGUCAGAUUUGAUCCAACCUUCACUGUGAUCUCAUCCAAACAGAGACCAAGAAAACUUGUUUGCAAGGGAAGUGAUGGUAAGGACUACCAGUACGUCCUUAAGGGUCAUGAAGAUAUUAGACAGGAUAACUUGGUUAUGCAGUUGUUCGGCUUGGUUAAUACUCUUUUGGUCAACGACACUGAGUGUUUCAAGAGGCAUUUGGACAUCCAGCAAUACCCAGCCAUUCCUUUGUCCCCUAAGGUCGGUUUGUUAGGCUGGGUGCCCAACAGUGAUACUUUCCAUGUUCUUAUCAGGGAGUACCGUGAAUCACGCAAGAUUUUGUUGAACAUCGAGCACCGUAUCAUGUUGCAGAUGGCCCCUGAUUUUGACAGCUUGACGUUAUUGCAGAAAGUGGAGGUCUUCACAGGAGCUCUUGACAAUACUAGAGGCCAAGAUUUGUACAAGGUGUUGUGGCUUAAAUCUAAGUCUUCUGAAGCUUGGCUUGAUAGAAGAACCACAUACACGAGAUCUUUAGCCGUGAUGUCCAUGGUGGGUUACAUCUUGGGAUUGGGAGACAGACAUCCUUCGAACUUGAUGCUUGACAGGAUCACUGGUAAGGUGAUUCACAUUGACUUUGGUGACUGUUUCGAGGCUGCUAUUUUGCGUGAAAAGUACCCAGAAAAGGUACCAUUCAGACUUACUAGAAUGCUUAACUAUGCUAUGGAAGUAAGUGGUAUCGAGGGUUCAUUUAGAAUAACAUGCGAGCACGUUAUGAGAGUCUUGCGUGACAACAAGGAAUCCCUUAUGGCCAUCUUGGAAGCAUUCGCAUACGAUCCAUUGAUCAAUUGGGGUUUCGACUUCCCAACAAAGGCGCUUGCUGAAGCCACGGGAAUCAAGGUGCAGCAAUAUAAUACAGCUGAAAUGUUGAAGAAGGGCGAGAUUGACGACCAGGAAGCUACUCGUUUGAACAAGCAAAACGCUCUUGAAAUCAGGAAUGCCAGAGCUGCUCUUGUGUUGAAGAGAAUCACAGACAAGUUGACUGGUAAUGAUAUCAAGAGAUUGAAGGGAUUGGACAUCCCCACCCAGGUCGACAAAUUAAUUCAACAGGCUACAAGCGUCGAGAACUUGUGUCAACAUUACAUUGGUUGGUGUUCGUUCUGGUGA